AUGAUACGGCAAUCCAAGAAAACCUUACAAAAGAAGGAAGCUCAGACAUUAAUAGACAGUGUUGGGAUCGGAUACAACCAACUUUGGAUAGAGGAGUACCAGAAAAUCCAGACCAAACUGUACCCCGACUACAUUAUCAAGGUUCACACACAACACGAUAUCAAUUACUGUGAUCCAAAUCCAUGUAAAAAUGGUGGAGUAUGUACUGAUGGUAUCAAUGACUAUACAUGUAACUGUGAUAACACUGGAUUUACAGACAAAAACUGCGAAACAAAUAUCAAUGACUGUGAUCCAGAUCCAUGUAAAAAUGGUGGAAUAUGUACUGAUGGUAUCAAUGACUAUACAUGUAACUGUGAUAACACUGGAUUUACAGACAAAAACUGCCAAACAAAUAUAAAUGACUGCAGUCCUAAUAAUUGUAAGAAUGGUGGAACAUGUUAUGAUCGUGUUAAUGACUAUACAUGUGGCUGUGUUACUGGAUAUACAGGGAAGAAUUGUCAGACAAAUAUCAAUGACUGUAAUCCAGAUCCAUGUAAAAAUGGUGGAGUAUGUACUGAUGGUAUCAAUGACUAUACAUGUAACUGUGAUAAUACUGGAUUUACGGACAAAAUCUGCCAAACAAAUAUAAAUGACUGCAGUCCUAAUAAUUGUAAGAAUGGUGGAACAUGUUAUGAUCGUGUUAAUGACUAUACAUGUGGCUGUGUUACUGGAUAUACAGGGAAGAAUUGUCAGACAAAUAUCAAUGACUGUGAUCCAGAUCCAUGUAAAAAUGGUGGAGUAUGUACUGAUGGUAUCAAUGACUAUACAUGUAACUGUGAUAAUACUGGAUUUACGGACAAAAUCUGCCAAACAAAUAUAAAUGACUGCAGUCCAGAUCCAUGUAAGAAUGGUGGAACAUGUAGUGAUCGUGUUAAUGACUACAUAUGUAGCUGUGUUGCUGGCUAUACAGGGAAAAAUUGUCAGACAAAUGUAAAUGACUGCAGUCCUAAUACGUGUAAGAAUGGUGGAACAUGUUAUGAUCGUGUUAAUGACUAUACAUGUGGCUGUGUUACUGGAUAUACAGGGAAAAAUUGUCAGACAAAUAUAAAUGACUGCAGUCCUAAUAAUUGUAAGAAUGGUGGAACAUGUUAUGAUCGUGUUAAUGACUAUACAUGUGGCUGUGUUACUGGAUAUACAGGGAAGAAUUGUCAGACAAAUAUAGAUGAUUGUACUCCUAACCCAUGCCUUAAUGGAGGAACAUGUACAGACAGAGUAAAUGAUUUCACUUGUGCAUGUAAAUCUGGAUUCUCCUCUAAAAGAUGUAAUAAGGCAGCACUUGGAGCAUUAUGUUCAGUUCAAGGUACAGCUUGUGAAGACACAAAUUCUGAGUGUGGGAGUGGAAACAUGUGUGUUUGUAAAAAAUCCUACUAUGAUAACGACGGAACAAACAACAUUGGUGGGUCAUGCAGGCAGAAGGUAGUCGUUGGCGGAAUAUGUCCCAGUCCAACUACAGCUGUACCAAAGACAGCAACAUGUUCAGAAAGCAUAGCUACAUGUGAACUAGAUGGUAGUGACUACAGAUGCUUAUGUCCAAGUACACACUAUGAUGAUAAUGGAGUCAAUGUAAAUGGUGGAAAGUGUGAGAGCAAGAAAAGGCUCGGAGAAGUAUGUCCCCGUACUAGUGCAAUAGGAGAAAGAGUUACAUGUAUUGACUCCAAUGCUAGAUGUCGUUACAGUGGAGGAUCUUAUAAAUGUCUGUGUGAAGAUACGCAUUAUGACAAUUAUGGUACAAGUAAUAUUGGUGGAACCUGCGUAUCAAAGGUUGGACUUGGAUAUAGCUGCCCAAUGCCAGAUGCAUGCCAGUUAUCACGUGCUGAGUGUACAGGCAGUACAGGUGGUUCAGUGUGUAAAUGUAAAACAGAAUAUUAUGAUGACAACACAGAUUCUACGCUUGGUGGAACAUGUCGGGAUA